AUGGUUUCCAAGCUCGCUCUCGCUGCCGCUGCGCUGUCCACCUUCACUGGUGUCUGGGCGGUCCCCGUGCCCCAGAUUCUCCAGGAGAUCGUGGGCGGCGAGCCUGCGGCCCAAGGCGAGUUCCCCUACAUCGUCUCUCUUCAGCGCUCUGGGAGACACUCCUGCGGCGGUGCUCUCCUCAACGCCGACACUGUCCUCACUGCCGCUCGCUGCUCCGUCAACGUCAAUGUCGGCAUCCUGUCUGUUACCGCCGGUACCAAUACCUGGUCUUCCGGUGGCACUGAGGUUGGUGUCUCCAGGAUCGCCGUUCACCCCCAGUACGACGACUAUUCGCUCGAGAACGACAUCGCUAUCUGGAAGCUGUCCCGACCCAUCGCGGCAGGCAGCGGCAUCGGCUACGCGAGCCUGCCCUCUUCCGGCUCCGACCCCGCCGCCGGAUCCUCCACCACCAUUGCGGGCUGGGGCAUCACCCGCGAGGGCGGUGCAAGCAGCUCGCGACUGCUCAAGGUCUCCGUGCCCGUCGUCGACCGCGGCGAAUGCAACGCGUCGUACGGUGGCGACAUUACCGACGCCAUGUUCUGCGCUGGGCUGCCCGAGGGCGGCAAGGAUGCCUGCCAGGGCGAUUCUGGCGGUCCCAUUGUCGAUAACUCGGGUGACCUGCUCGGUGUUGUCUCCUGGGGCCAGGGCUGCGCUCGUCUUGGCUACCCUGGUGUUUACACGCGCAUUGCCAAGUUCAUCUCGUUCAUCAACAGCAAUGCGUAA